AUGCGUGUGUCCACCCUUGCUUUGGUGACGCUUUUACUCGGUGCAGCGAAAGGAAAGAAUCAAGAUGGAUCGCCUUCACGAUACGACUUUGUCAUUGUUGGCGGAGGAACAAGUGGUUUGGUUGUUGCGAACAGGUUAUCCGAAAUGACAGGCUAUACCGUUGCUGUCAUUGAAGCUGGUGAUUCAGUCCUUAACAAUGCUAAUGUUACUGACGUGACAGGCUACGGUAGAAGUUUCGGAACGAAUAUCGACUGGGCCUACUUAACCGAAGAACAGAAAUACGCAGGUGGAAAGAAGCAGAUUAUGCGGGCCGGGAAAGCCAUUGGUGGGACAAGUGUUAUCAACGGAAUGUCGUAUACGCGGGCCGAAACGGAACAAAUUGAUAUAUGGGAAAGGGUUGGAAAUAAGGGUUGGAAUUGGAAGUCGCUCUUCCCAUACUACCUGAAAUCAGAAGGGUUCCAGGUGCCGAAUUCAGAUCAAGUCGAUGCUGGUGCCGACUAUUAUAUCAGCUACCACGGCGAAAAAGGACCAUUGAAAGUUGGUUGGCCUAGGAUGAUGACCAACGGAAGUGUGCUUCCUGUUCUCGAUCAAACAUUAUCGCAACUACGUGUUCCCUACAAUCGCGACGUCAAUGGGGGGAAUAUGGUGGGACUUACAUCUCAUCCAAAUACUGUCGACAGUAAUGCCAAUAUUCGGGAAGAUGCAGCUCGAGCGUAUUUUUGGCCGUUUGAAAAUCGCUCUAACCUCAAGAUUAUCUCGAACACCCGAGCAAAUAAGAUUAUCUGGGGUGAUGACUCGGAUGGCCUGGCCGUCGCGACUGGGGUGGAUGUUACUGGUCCAGAUGGCGACGAAACGAUAUACGCCUCAAAGGAGGUCAUCCUGUCGGCUGGCUCUUUGAAAUCAUCGGUGAUACUGGAGUUGUCAGGCAUCGGAAAUCCAGACAUCCUCAAAAAGUACGAUAUUCCGGUCAAGGUCAACAUUCCCACAGUCGGCGAGAACUUGCAAGAUCAAACAAACAGUGGUCUUUCCUACGCAGGAAGGGAAUUCUGGAUCGGUGGACCAACGUUCUCCGCGCUCCCAACUGCCGAGCAAAUAUAUGGGGGCCGUGUUUCUGGACUUGCUUCAUCUAUCAAGUCCAGCCUUGAAGAUUACGCAAAGACAGUCUCUAACUCCUCAAAUGGCGCCGUCCAAGAAGAAAAUCUCCUAGAGGCAUUUCAAUUUCAGUACGACCUGAUCUUCAAAUCACGAGUUCCAUAUGCAGAGAUAGUGUUCCUUCCCCUUGGACACUCAUUCUCCAGUGAAUACUGGCCACUACUUCCGUUCUCAAGAGGGAGUGUCCACAUUCAAUCUGCAGAUAGCUCCAGGUCAGCUGCAAUCAACCCGAACUAUUUCAUGUUUGAACAGGACCUUGAUGUCCAAGCCAAUGUGGCCAAGUUCAUUCGCAAGGCAUUUGAGACUGCUCCUCUCAGUGAUCUUGUCGCCGAGGAGUUUUCUCCAGGAUUAGAGCGUGUGCCUGCGAACGCAUCAGACUCUGCAUGGAGUGACUGGGCCAAGUCGAAUUAUCGAUCAAACUUCCACCCGGUUGGUACGGCCAGCAUGCUUCCGAGAGCCAAGGGAGGCGUAGUCAAUUCUGAGCUCAAAGUCUACGGAACCAAAAACGUUCGUGUCAUUGAUGCUUCUGUUUUACCAUUCCAGCUCUGUGGUCACUUGACAAGCACUCUCUACGCUGUCGCUGAAAUGGCGUCGGAUCUGAUCAAGAGGAGAUACAUUUUCUAA